CAUUAUUUGGGUGGGUAACCACAAUGUUUAUGUGCAACAUGCCAACAUCGCACAGUCACUCACAAAACCACAGUACGACGCAGGAACUCCCAUCGCCGUGAAAAAUUCAAGUGCAAGAGUUCACCGGCGACAGCGCGCGCUCAGCCACGCCCCUCCUCGCUCCGAUUCCAUCCCCACGCCGCCUCUCCCCUCCACCGUCUUGAUGCCUCGACGCCUCUCCUCCCCCGCCCUCUCCGCCCACAUACGCACGCUCUCCGCCGCCCGGGCCUCCGCGGCCCGGGCCGGUGCCCCCCACCUGCUCGACGGAGUGCCCCGCCCGGACCGCCUCGGGCGGCUCCCGCCCGAGCUCGCGGGCCUCGUCCGCUCGCGCGCCGCGGGGCACACGCCCAGCCAGUUCGCCUACGGGAACGCGCUCGCGGCCUGCACCCCGGCCGCCGCCACAGGCGUCGGGGCGGGCAGCGUCGCCUUCGCGGAGCAGGUCUACUGCGCGGCCUGGAAGGACGGGCUCGCGGGGGACGCCUACGUCUGCAGCGGCAUGGUCGACCUGCUCGCCAAGAGCGGCCGCCUCGGGGACGCGCUCAGGGCGUUCGCGGACGGCGACAGCGGGAGCGCGGUCUGCUGGAACGCGGUCAUCUCCGGGGCGGUGCGCAACGGCGAGCACGGUCUCGCCGUCGAGAUGUUCGGCGACAUGGCACGGGGCUCCUGCGAGCCCAACUCGUUCACUUACUCCGGGGUCCUCAGCGCCUGCGCGGCGGGCGCGGAGCUGUCCGUCGGGAAGGCAGUGCAUGGGCUGGUGCUUCGGCGUGACCCCGAGUACGAUGUGUUUAUUGGAACGGCAAUAGUCAACAUGUAUGCGAAGUCGGGCGACAUGGUCGCUGCCAUGAGGGAGUUCUGGAGGAUGCCGGUCUGGAAUGUGGUUUCCUGGACCACCGCGAUCGCUGGUUUCGUGCAGCAGGAGGAGCCAGUUGGUGCUGUUCGGCUGCUCAGAGAUAUGGUCCGCAGCGGCGUGUCGAUCAACAAAUACACCGCUACUAGCAUCUUGCUCGCCUGCUCCCAGAUGAACAUGAUACGAGAGGCCAGCCAGAUCCAUGGAAUGGUCAUAAAGACAGAGCUGUACUUGGAUUAUGUUGUCAAGGAGGCUUUGAUCCGCACAUAUGCUAAUAUCGGGGCUAUUGAGUUGUCCGAGAAGGUGUUUGAAGAAGUUGGCAGAGUAAGCAACAAAAGUAUCUGGUCGACCUUCAUAUCUGGGAUUAGCAGCCAUAGCUUGCCGAGAUCAAUUCAGCUGUUAAUGAGGAUGUUUCGUCAGGGUCUAAGACCAAAUGACAAAUGCUAUUCUUCUAUUUUCAGUUCUGUGGACUCAGUUGAGUUUGGCAGGCAGCUGCAUUCGUCGGUUAUAAAAGAUGGGUUUGUUCAUGGUGUUCUUGUGGGCAGCGCACUCUCCACCAUGUAUUCCAGAGGUGGUGAAAUGGAAGAUGGCUACAAGGUCUUUGAACAAAUGCAGGAACGGGAUGAGGUCUCAUGGACUGCAAUGGUUGCUGGUUUUGCAUCUCAUGGCCAUUCAGUUGAGGCAUUCCGACUGUUCAGGAAUAUGAUUCUGGAUAACCUUAAGCCUGACCAUGUGUCGUUAUCUGCCAUUCUUUCAGCUUGUAAUGGACCAGAAUACUUGCUCAAAGGGAAGGAAGUUCAUGGACAUAUUCUUCGUGUCUACGGAGAAACUACGUCUGUUAGCACUUGUUUGGUUUCCAUGUAUUCCAAAUGUCGAGAAGUACAAACAGCUAGAAGAAUUUUUGAUGCAACUCCAUGCAAAGAUCAGGUCAUGUUGUCUUCAAUGGUAUCUGGAUACUCUACAAAUGGUUGCACUGACGAGGCAAUCUCACUAUUUCAGCUUAUGAUGGCAGCUGGUUUUCAGAUAGAUAGGUUCAUAUGCUCGUCUAUCCUUAGCCUAUGUGCUAAUAUAGCAAGACCGCUCUAUGGAAAACUAUUACAUGGGUAUGCAACUAAGGCAGGAAUACUGUCUGAUCUAUCAGUAAGUAGUUCACUUGUGAAGUUGUACUCCAAAAAUGGUAACCUGCAUGAUUCUCGUAAAGUUUUUGAUGAAAUAAAUUCCCCGGACUUAGUUACUUGGACAGCUAUAAUUGAUGGAUAUGCUCAGCAUGGAAGUGGUCAGGAUUCUUUGGAGAUGUUUGAUUCGAUGAUUAGGCGUGGAGUGAAACCAGAUAAUGUUGUACUAGUGAGUAUUUUAACUGCUUGCAGCCAUAAUGGUUUGGUUGAAGAAGGCUUCAACUACUUUAAAUCUAUGAGAAACGUGUAUGGGCUUGAGCCUGUGUUACAUCACUACUGUUGUAUGGUUGACUUACUUGGUCGAUCUGGGAGGCUUGCAGAGGCAAAAAGUUUUAUUGGGAGUAUGCCUAUGAAGCCUGACUUGAUGGUAUGGAGCACACUGCUUGCUGCUUGCAGAGUUCAUGAUGAUGCUGUACUUGGACGAUUUGUAGAAAAUAAGAUACGUGAAGAUAAUUAUGACCCAGGCUCUUUUGCAACUCUGUCGAACAUUCUAGCAAACUCUGGAGACUGGGAGGAAGUAGCGAGAGUCAGAAAAUCAUUAAAGGGUGGCAAGAAAGAGCCUGGAUUGAGUAUGGUGUAAAAAGUGAAAUGGCCAAAGUGUUCUAUAAAUAAAACAGAAAUGCAGCACAAUACAUUGACUGUGAUGAAAUAAUGACAUCAUCUCGGGGAAUUUGGAAAAGAGGGCCAGUUGGUUACAUCUAUUGGACAUCUCUGGGGGAGACAGGGGGACAAUUGAGAGAUUCACAUGGCACAUUGGAUAUCCAAUCAUCUGAAGAAUGUACCCCCAAAUCAAAGGGGAAUUUUAUUUUUGGUGGAACUUCAUACUCAUUGCCUGUAAUGUAUCCAUUGUCAGGUUUUCUUGUA